ACAAUGUUCAAAAGUGCUCAAUUGGCUGUGUUAUAAUACUUGUGGGAGAUCAUGGAGUGUAUUUACAAAUCUUUUGAUGUUUUAUUUCCUGUAAUUUUAGACUAUCGCUUGUACUAAAAAACAAAAAAGUAGUUUAGCAAUAUAUUAGUUAGAACCUGAAUGGAGUAUAUCUGCAAAUCUUUUGUAGUUUUUAGACUAUCGCUUGUACUACAAAAAAUUAAAAAGUAAUUUAGCUAUAUAUAUAUUAGUUGGAACCAAAAUCAGCAUGCACGUUUGAGCCGGCCUAUUAUUUAAUGCUCUAUUAUUCUCUCAACUAAAUAAUUCGUAUAAUUCCCUGGCCCAUUUGUUAUUAAUUAGUUAAAAUCGAUGAUAUUUUUGUUAGAUAUGGUUGGAUCCCUUAAAUGGGUUUGAUAUGGUCGCAUCAAGCAAGUUAUAAAAGGUUUAAUUUUUUGUGUCUUUUUGGUAAGGAGAGAGAAACCAAGAUAACAUUAUUAACCUUCAGGAGCUGGUAACAAUGUUUUUAUCUCCUGUUGCUCAAAGAUCUAGUACACAAGUACUUCCUCUGUUUUUGUUCAGCUUUCUUCUCCUUUAUUAUUGCUUUUAUUUUGCAAAGGACCUAUUAGUAUGGUGAUUUGGAGUAAUUGCUCCUUUAGACAAGAUCCUGAGUUCGAAUCCUAGCAUUUGUGUAAUGUGUAUGAGCUUAGUAUAUUAUCGUCCCUCUUAAUAAAAAAAAGUUUUUUUAAAAAAAUUAUUCCUUUUGUUUUGUAUUCGAUGACUGCUAGGCUUGAUCAAAUUCCAACUACGACAAAACUUUCUACAAAUACCUUAGCGCGUGGUUGAUAGGUAUUAUGUGUACAAGAGAAGCAUUGUGCUUCUUUAGACCUAUAAAAAAGUGUAAAGCAGUGCAAGACUAACAAGUCUCCUCUAGUUUCUACUUAAUAUAUAUCUUCAAUAUUCUCUUCAAAUUUCUGAAUAAAUAUAUAUAAAACCAAUUUGAAAUAUCAGUAGCAGCCUCAAUAGAUGGCGCAGGCAAAUAGCAAUGGCAAGGAUAGUAGAUGGUCUCUUCACGGAAUGACUGCUCUUGUCACUGGUGGAACCAAAGGAAUUGGGUAUGCUAUUGUGGAGGAAUUGGCGGGGCUAGGUGCAACUAUACAUACCUGUUCUCGUAAUGAAGUUCAGCUUAACGACUGCUUGAGCCAAUGGAAAAUGAAGGGUUUUGAUCAAGUCACUGGUUCGGUAUGUGAUGUAGUCUCAAAAGCUCAACGAGAAGAGCUUAUAAACAAGGUCUCAUCACUAUUUCACGGCAAACUAAACAUCCUUGUAAACAACGUGGGAACUGCCGAAAUAAAACCAGCAAUCGAGAACACAACUGAAGAUUACUCAUUUAUUAUGAGUACCAAUCUUGAAUCUGCUUACCAUUUUUCCCAACUUGCACAUCCUCUUUUGAAAGCUUCAGGAGCUGGGAACAUUAUUUUUAUGUCUUCUGUUGCUGGCGUUGUAUCACUUGGGACGGCUAGUAUAUAUGCUGCCACAAAAGGAGCAAUGAACCAAUUGGCCAAAAACUUGGCAUGUGAGUGGGCAAAAGACAACAUAAGGACCAACAGUGUUGCACCUUGGUUCAUCAGAACUCCCCUCACUGAGCCUCUUCUGAGUAACCAAAAAUUUUUGGAGGCUGUCAACUCUCGAUGCCCUUUAGGACGGACUGGAGAGCCAAAAGAGGUGUCUGCCUUAGUGGCAUUUCUAUGCUUCCCUGCAGCGUCUUACAUAACGGGCCAAACUAUCUGCGUCGAUGGAGGUUUCACUGUCAAUGGCCUCCUCUUCCAAGGACCAUGAAAAAAAUAUUUAUGUGAUUUGUGUGCUUGCUAGUAGUAGGAGAAGCUAGAGGUCUCUCUGGUUUCCUUGUCUUUUGAGUUCGGAAGCUCCUCUCAUCCAUCUCAUAAUAUGCUCUUGUUUGUGGUUUUAUAUGGAGGCCAUUGAUGUUUUGAGUUCGAUAGCUUGCUUGUUUAUGUUGAAAAGGAUAUUUUUGCUUGUAUUGAAAAUGCUACGUUCUCAAAUUUGAAAUCUUGUCGUGGACAAUUGUAGCUUGUAAUGUUGUUUUUGACAUGAAUUAUGAAUGAAUCUAUUAUUGUUUCAUUUUC